CGCAUCUCAAGACACACAAGCUCACUCACACAGGAGAGAAACCUUUUGCCUGUGAUUCAUGUGACUAUAAAAGCUCCUCUGCUAGUAGUCUGAAGGUACACAUGCGCACUCACACAGGAGAGAAGCCUCACGCGUGUUAUUUAUGUGACUAUAGAGCCUCCCAGCUUGCGUAUCUCAAGAGACACAUGCGCACUCACACAGGAGAGAAGCCUUACGCGUGUGAUUCAUGUGACUAUAAAAGCUCCUUUGCUAGUAGUCUGAGGGUACACAUGUGCACUCACACAGGAGAGAAGCCUCACGCGUGUGAUUUAUGUGACUAUAGAGCCAUCCAGAUUGCGGGUCUCAAAGCACACAAGCUCACUCACACAGGAGAGAAACCAUAUGUGUGUAAUGUUUGUUCAAAUGCUUAUACUACUUCCAAAAGUCUCAAAGAGCACUUCCGCAGGCACACAGGAGAGAAGCCCUACGCAUGUGAUGCAUGUGACUACAGAAGCGUCCGUCUUGACAGCCUGAAGGAACACAAGAAACGUGCUCACACGGGAGAGAAGCCAUACACAUGUGAUAUUUGCCAACAUACAUGCACUACAUCCGAGAGUCUUCAGGUGCACUAUCUCACUCAUAGUGGAACGGCGGAUGCCUAUACGUGUGACGUGUGUGGCUACAAGUGCAUGGACGCUGGUGCUCUCCAGGCACAUAUGAAGAAUCACAUGGAAGAAAAGCCCUAUGUGUGUGAUAUUUGUUCAUAUGCUUGUACUAGUUCCUAUACUCUCAAGUCACACAAGCUGACUCACAUAGGGGAGAAACCCUACUCUUGCGAUAUAUGUGACUUCAGAUGCUCCCAGCCUGGUAAUCUUCAGAUUCACAUGCGCAGGCAUACAGGAGAGAAGCCAUAUGCGUGUGAUAUUUGCUCAUAUACAUGCACUACAUCUGGUAGUCUCCAGGUUCACUUUCUUACUCAUAGCGGACAGAAGUCCUAUGUGUGUGAUAAUUGUUCAUAUGCUUGUACUAGUUCCUAUAAGCUCAAGUCACACAAGCUCAUUCACACAGGAGAGAAGCCUUAUGUGUGUGAUUUAUGUGGAUACAGCACUCCCUUGUCUAGUAUUUUGCAGAACCACAAGCGCAUUCACACAGGAGAAAAACCCCAUGCAUGUGAUUCAUGUGACUACAAAAGCUCCACUCUUGGUAAUCUCAAGUCACACAAGCUCACUCACACAGGAGAGAAACCAUAUGUGUGCGGCAUUUGUUCAUGUGCUUAUGCUACUUCCAAAAGUCUCAAAGAGCACUUCCUCAGGCACACAGGAGAGAAGCCGUAUGCAUGUGAUUCGUGUGACUACAAAAGCUUCCGUCCUGACAGCCUCAAGGAACACAAGAAGCGCGUUCACACCGGUGAGAAGCGCUAUGUGUGUAAUAUUUGUCCAAAUGCUUAUACUACUUCCAAAAGUCUCAAGGUACACAUGCGCACUCACACAGGAGAGAAGCCUUACGCGUGUGAUUUAUGUGACUAUAGGGCCUACCAGCUUGCGUGUCUCACGGCACACAAGUUUACUCACACAGGAGAGAAGCCUUACGCGUGUGAUUCAUGUGACUAUAAAACCGCCUAUUCCAGUACUCUGAAGUUACACAAGUUUACUCACACAGGAGAGAAGCCUUACGCGUGUGAUUCAUGUGACUAUAAAACCGCCUAUUCCAGUACUCUGAAGUUACACAAGCGCACUCACACAGGAGAGAAGCCUUACGCGUGUGAUUCAUGUGACUAUAAAACCGCCUAUUCCAGUACUCUGAAGUUACACAAGCGCACUCACACAGGAGAGAAGCCUUACGCGUGUGAUUCAUGUGACUAUAAAACCGCCUAUUCCAGUACUCUGAAGUUACACAAGCGCACUCACACAGGAGAGAAGCCUUACGCGUGUUAUUUAUGUGACUAUAGAGCCAUCCAGAUUACGUGUCUCAAGGUACACAUGCGUAAGCACACUGGAGAGAAACCCCCGGUUCAGGGGCAGGAGGCUGGUGCUGGGGGCGGUCCUGUGUUCGAACCUCUUUCUGGGUAGCAGGUUGAUCUUUUUCUCAAGUGUGUGGAGUGUGGACAGUUAACCACAACAAUUACGAAUCAGUUUCAAUGUUCAUCUUUAUUAAAAUCAGGUGCUGACAUGAGUAUGGAGUAAAAGAUGUGUUUAAAUGAUAGAAUGGUGAAAAAGCUACAAAAUAUAAAUAAAAAUAUGGUGUAACUGAAUGGGUGGAAAUAUUAAAAUUAAAUACGUAGAAAUACUAAGCUAAAGUGAUAAACUGCACAGAAAAGUAAUGAACAGCACUAGACAGCGAUAUACUAACUAUAUACCUAUCUAUUAAUUACUUAAUUAACAUAAAUAAAGUAUUUCUUAGCCUAUUGAAUAGUAAUUACAAUAUCUGUAAAUCGAAAGUAGAACGUAUGGAACUGUUAUUAAAAAUAGAUAACAAUCUUA